AUGGCUCCCAGAACCGUCCAUACAAUCGGAGGCCGCUACAAAAGCAACGCUGCUGUCGAAGAUGCGCCAUUCGGAGAGUUCAUCUCAGUCAGAGAGACUGAGCUGGCGUUCAACGUGGUCCAUCCGAUACCAGAGGCGUAUCUUCGCGACUUGCACUCUCAGGAACGCGCUGCGGUUAACAAGCACAUCACUUCCCAGCUAUCCAAUAACAAUUACCGUGACAGCGGACUCGUCGAAGCGGUGAGAAGAACUUUGGGCACGUUAAAGACAGUUCAACAGGAGAUGGACCACAUUCCCAAAACCAGUUCGGACUCAACCACGACGGAUGCGCCCAGUAAUCGGACGUACCAUACGGCAAGAGAGCAUCAGGAGUCCCGGGGCAAACAUUCCUCCAUGCACGUGGAGGCUGACACCGAUGUCGUCAGCGGCUCAAGGUCAGGCGCCCUUGAGCGUAGCCGGAAUAUAGAUAAAUGGAAGAGUACCGUACCCCCUGGUUACCCUCCGCCCUCCGUUAGUACGCCAAGCUCGGUUUUACAGUCUGAGGGUGGCAGUGGAUCGCAGUCAUCCAGCUCCAGCAAGAUGCGCAAGCCUAGCAGGCACACCGACUUCCUCAAGGACGCAAAGCUCGACGAGAAGACACGCGUCAUAGUUGUGGAGCACAGCGCUGCGAGCCACGAGCUGGCGCUUCAAGAACAGCACCUCGCCAGUCUUGAGUCGCUGGCUUUGACCGUCACCAGCUCAGCUGCGCGGCGCGAUCUAUACGGCGCCAUUCGGAAAGCUCGCAGUGCAGUCGAGAAGGUGCGCGUUCUCGAACGCAAGUGCAAGGGCGCCUUGUCUGACUCCCGCGCGCUCGUAGUGGAUGCUCUGGAGCUCGCUGAUGAUCUGUGGGAGACGUCAGAUGCGGCGGCGGAUGAAGCAUCAACAGUUUCAUCGCCAACAACGAUUUCUUCGCGGACAAUCGAUUCUUCGCGGACAACUGGUACUUCCCCGACACAGCGGAGUACAUCCAUUGCCCCAUCGGAGCCUGAAUCCUUGGUACCGGCCCGGUUCGCCUCUCCCUCCGAAGUUGUAUCGUUGAAGCAGGAACUGCAAAAGAUCGACGAUAGUCUUUCUGAGUCGAUGAGGACUUUGAACAGGGUCAUCACUCGAUCCAGUAACCGAGCGGGCGUCAUCAAAAGCAUAGAUCGCGCACGGGCAUGCCUUGACAAACUCCACGUCGCGCGAGAGCGCUUUUCGGGCUUGGACGACGAGAAGAUACGUAAAUUCGGGGCUGCCACACUUGCAAUCGCGCGGACAAGGCAUCAGGAAGUAUUACGCGUUCUAGAUGCAGCCAAACAAGAGCAAUUACGACUGGACGGUCCUACGCAAGCGAAAGGUAGUGGAGGAACACGAGACACUGAGCGUCAGCAGCCACCGCGAACGGAAGAAGAGCUCAAUCAAACCAUUCAUCGUAUCUCUGAACUUGAGCUUGCCGACGCCAAAGAGCUGUUGCGACAGCAAAAAAACGCUCUUGAUCAGAUUGUUCCGCACAGGGUUGCUGAGGCGCACAAUGGACGCCGCCAAAUGGGUCCUAGCUUGUAUGACCAAUUUCUGCAGGCAGGUGCACCUGAGGCUUACGGGGAGCCAACGUCGUCCGUAACGGGCUAUCGACGAUUAAUCUACUUCUACUCCAACUCUGGUGUAGAUUACAGCUUUGAGCGAUAUCUACAAGCUGCGAACGAGUUACGCCGGUGUUAUCAGCUCGCCAUCAACUCAUCCAAACCCCACCUUCCACACCAGUCCCAAGAGCGGAUUCUCUUCUCAGGCUACUUGCAGGUCUACAAGCUCGGCCUCUCUGAUAACGAUAAGAUGGCUUCUAGGGCCCGCACACUCCACACCAUUUACGGGCAAUAUCGUACUGCAGCGGCUGUCAGCAGGGCAGCUAAUGCCGAUUACAUCCCGUUGAACAGCGAUCGUAACAUCAAUGCCGUACACCCAAUUCCGACUGACUGGCUAGACGAAGAGUUAUUGCCGAGCGAGCGCGAUCAAGUCCGCGAACAUGUUGCGUCUCUACUGAGUAGUCAGCGACGCCAAGUUCCCAGUUUCGUCGAAGCUUUACAGGGUACCAUGGAGAAUCUGAACACCAUCAGGAAUAGGGGUGCAGCUACUCGCAGCAUUCCCGCGCGUCGAUCUGGAGGCGAGACAAUCGAUCGUCUGGCGGACGACUUCAACACUUUGACCAUGGGACAAGCGCAUGGCGUCAAAUUACCUGAUGACAAGCACUGGACGAAAUGA